AUUUACACAGUGGUUUGUCAAAACCAUCAUCGGAAGAAUCAAGUCUGAUACUGCAAAUAAAAAUGCAGUCGGACAAUCUAAGUGGCCGAGUGAAAUGACACUAUUAUGUCAAAGGUGGAAGGACUAGUCAAACGUGUCAAAUGUUUGCCAUUUGGAAAUGCAGUUUCCACAGUUAUAAAGGCUCCCAAGGCUCUAAAUAUUUCAAGGUGCCUUUACAAUGACACAAACUGAAAUAAGUGUGUUGAUUUGUGCAGUAUGUCAUAUGUGUGAACAGCAUGACAGCAUGCAAAGCAUUGUAACCCCAUAAUGCACCUACAGGAAGCUACGAUCACCACAGUCCACCCCUGCAGCUUCCUGUGUGUUGCUUAUGUUUGUUAAGAUUUCAUACCUCUACUUUUAUCAUCAAAAUGAAGACACUGUGUCUGAUUUUGCUUUUUCAUGCAAGUCUUCAGCUCCAGUGUGAUAAAGGACAGAUCACAGCACAUAUUGGAGGGGAAUUCGUUUUUAUCUGCAAGUAUGACACAAACCGAUUCCUGUACAAUAAGAAAUACUGGUGCCGAGGGGACUCCAGAAGCACCUGUGAGAUUUUGGUGGAUUCAGAAGGUGGUGCUAAAACUAAAAACACACACAGGUCUCAAAUAAUAGAUGCAGGAAAAAGAGGGCUGUUUGUGAAAGUCACGAAUCUCCAAUUUGAUGACACUGGAGUGUACUGGAUUGGGAUCGACAAAAUAUAUGCUGACAUCAUGACUUCAGUUAAUGUGGUUAUCACUGAAGUUCCAGUAUUGAAACCCAGACUUUGGCCCUUGAGCUCUCUAGUGGAAAGGCCAACAUGUUGGGGACAGCCAGUGACAGUGCGCUGUGGUUGUACAAAGGGCACUGGCGUUCGUUACACCUGGUAUCAAAACACUCACAUCAAGGACAUCCUGCUUUACCAUUCGUCAGACUUAUAUCUACACUGUGGCACAGUGGAUAAAGACAGUGAUUAUUACUGUAUUGCCAGUAAUGAUAUAAGCAGUCAGCAGAGUGAUAUCCUCUCUGUGCAGGUCCUGCUGCCUGCAGACAGCAGCUGUAUCUAUGUCGUUAUUAUACAGGGUAAGAACAGAUGGGAUGCUGUAUUCUCUCCUAUAAAUAUAAAUGCAAGAAUUGGAUUAACACAUCGCAUGAUGGUUCCUGUCCAAGAACACCAUUACUUCACUUAUAGCCCCAUCCAUUAG